UCGCACUCCGGGCAGCCAGGCCAACCUCGGGAGGGGCGGGAGGCGACGCGCGGUCCCGGCGGUCGUCGGGUCGGCAGCCUUGGGUCAGUUGCCUGCCGCAAGUGCGCUGCGGUUCCAGCGGCGCCAUGUCGUUCUGCAGCUUCUUCGGGGGCGAGGUUUUCCAGAAUCACUUUGAGCCCGGCAUUUAUGUGUGUGCCAAGUGUGGCUAUGAGCUGUUCUCCAGCCGCUCGAAGUAUGCACACUCGUCCCCCUGGCCGGCAUUCACUGAGACCAUUCACGCUGACAGCGUGGCCAAGCGUCCAGAGCACAAUCGACCUGAAGCCUUGAAGGUGUCCUGUGGCAAGUGUGGCAAUGGGUUGGGCCACGAGUUCCUGAACGAUGGCCCCAAGCCAGGGCAGUCCCGAUUCUGAAUAUUCAGCAGCUCGCUGAAGUUUGUCCCUAAAGGCAAAGAAACUUCUGCCUCCCAGGGGCACUAGGCGGGCAGCCCACACCCACCCCAGGUGGCCACCUCACCGAGGCCACACGCUGGCCGUUCCACCUUGGAGUUGGAACCCUGGGCAUCGAGACAGGAAGGCAGGGCACAGUGGCUGAAACAUGAGGAUGCUCCCAAGGCCCCAGCUCUGAACAAGACCUUCUCAUUUGCUGAUGGUUCAUGCCUUCUGCUGGGAUAGGCCUGGGCUGCACAGCCACACUGUCGGCUGACUUAGCCCCCUGCUCACUCUAGGUGCCUCCAGGAGGUGAUCCCUGGGUGCAGCUGGUCUCUGAAUGACAUUACACCCUCACCUUCUUUUCCUGGCCCUGUCUGUGGACUCUGCCCCGUGAGGCCCAAUUCCAAGACAGACUGUCGUCCUCACUGAAGCUUAGGCCCACAUCUCCCAGGCUGCUUAGGCGACAGAAUGGAAACGGAGGCCGCCCCUGCCAGCCGCCCUGGCCCUGGUCACUGCAUGAUCCGCUCUGGUCAAACCCUUCCAGGCCAGCCAGGGUGGGGAUGGUCUGUGACCUGCUGGGAAGGCGGGCUGAUGGGGCAGGCCCCUGGCCUCUCGUCCACGAGGGAAGAAACCUAAACCCUGUUUCACAAUCUGUGCGGAAGCAGCUUGCCUCACUCGUGCUGAGGAAAGCGGCUGUUGCUCCAUGACUCUAACCAGCACAGGGCUGGGGCCUGCAGUUCACACCCGCAGGGACACCCUUCCCAAGGUGUGGCGACUGUGCUUCACUGUACAUGCUCGGAGGCCUGGCCAUACAGGAGGGUGGGUGAUGCUGAAGUCAGUCCCCAUCUUAAGUAAUUACUUUCUGUAAUAAUCAGGUGGAAAUCAAUAAACAAAUGAAACAUUCAGAU